AUGGCAGCAUUCUCGCCAGCUGUGCUCAUUUGGAAAGAGUCGACGACUGGGACCGGAGCGGGCUCUGGAAAAUGGACGACCAUCAAGGAGCAUAGUUUACACAGCGCCAGUGUAAAUUCGGUUGCCUGGGCACCCCACGAAUUGGGUGCAAUACUCGCCUGUGCAUCGAGUGAUGGACGGGUUUCUGUUUUGACGUUCAAGAACGAUGGCACUUGGGAUGCCUCGUUGUUCACCGCGCACGCGACUGGAUGCAAUGCCAUUUCCUGGUCACCCUCUGUCCUCCCUGGUUCCCUAAUCUCCCCGCAAAACCUGGCUGGAUCCAGCUCAAAUGCGCAACCGACUCCUGUCCAGAGGUUCAUUACCGCGGGCUCUGACAAUCUGCUCAAGGUCUGGACACUCAAUACGAAUCCGGCGACGUCACCGUCUGGCAGCUUUUCAACACCAGGCUAUGACCUCGCGUCGACUCCUGGUGCAAAUUCGAAUGCAAAUGCGACGUGGAUUCUAGAGGAAACGCUCGAGGGACAUUCCGACUGGGUGCGCGAUGUGGCAUGGGCGCCAAACGUUGGUCUGCCGCGGAGCUACGUGGCGAGCUGUGGCCAAGAUAGAAGGGUGUUCAUCUGGACCAAGGAUGGCGAGCAGAAGAAGUGGGAAAAGGUUGCACUGGACGCGGGUGGGCUCGAGGGCAAUGCGAACAGCGAAGAUGGCAAGUUUCCGUCUGUAGUAUGGCGCGUCUCGUGGUCGCUUGCGGGUAAUAUCCUGGCCGUGAGCUGUGCAGAUGGCAAAGUGAGUCUGUGGAAGGAGAAUCUACGCGGCAAGUGGGAGUGCAUCAGUGAAAUGGACAGCUAG